AAACUCUUCAUUAUUGGCAUUCCACCCGCCAUUAUCAUUUCCUGUCCCCCCACCUCGACCUCCAUCUAUUUGUGCUCACGAGCCAAACCCAAGCCCAGCAGCAGCAGCAGGAGCACGCUCGAUUACUCGAAAGCAAAUCAACAAGGAGCCAAGAACUGUUCAUUGGAGGCUGCUGGAGCAGGAGAUCAAUGGCGGAGGGCCUCGGUUUCGAGGAGACUGAGCUCCGGCUCGGCCUGCCCGGCGGCGGCAACGACGACGCCUCGGCUAGGGGCUCCGGCAAGAGGGGCUACGCUGAGACCAUCGACCUCAAGCUGAAGCUGGAGCCAGCGCCGGCCGUGGGUGAAGAUGAAGUGGCCAACGAAGGUAUCGCCGCCGCGACCGCGGAGCAGCUUUCUUCGUCAGCUGCCGCCGAUGGGAAGAUGAAGAGGUCCCCGAGCCAGACCAGCGUGGUCACCUCUGACCCCGAGAAGCCGCGCGCACCCAAAGCGCAGGCGGUGGGCUGGCCACCCGUCCGGUCGUUCCGGAAGAACAUCCUCGCGGCACAGACCGAGAAAGGCGACAGGUCGGCGGCGUUGGUAAAGGUGAGCAUGGACGGCGCGCCCUACCUGCGCAAGCUCGACAUCGGCGCGUGCAACAGCUACGACGAGCUCUCCAUGGCGCUGGAGAAGAUGUUCAGCACGAUGAAAGAGAGCAGCUGCGUGCCCACGUACGAGGACAAGGACGGCGACUGGAUGCUCGUCGGCGACGUCCCCUGGGAGAUGUUCGUUUCGUCUUGCAAGCGGCUCCGGAUAAUGAAAGGAUCGGAAGCCAUCGGCCUUGGUGGGAAAUGCAAGAUCGUAAGCUGAUCGAGGAAGGGUAUUGGUUUGAAGAUCAUGGCUUUGCUUGCUCAACCCUGUACCAUAAUAUAUGUCGUUAAUUACUCUACUAUGAUUCGGUUGAAGUUUAUGUCGCCUCGUCAAGUUCAGGCGGCGGUUUGGUGUAUUACUUGCGUAUGUUCCAUUUUAUCAUAUAUACUACGUAACGAAGAUGUCAUCGACGUGUCACUGUUACAUACAGAUUGUCUGUCUGUCUUCCUUUUCUAUGCAUUGCUAUUUUACUUUA